UAAAACAAACCGAAACACCAGAAACAGUUACUCACACACAACACCAAUAACUUAAACACCCGAUUUCUUUCUUCUUCUUCUUUUUUUCUCUCUUCUUUCACGAUGGCCACGCUCCAAUCGGAGCAGCUGAAGCAGCUCAAGGAAAUCUUCAUGCGCUUUGACAUGGACUCGGACGGAAGCCUUACCCAGCUGGAGUUGGCGGCCCUUCUCCGCUCCAUUGGCCUCAAGCCCUCUGGCGACCAGCUCCACGUCCUGCUGGCCAACAUGGACGUCAACGCCAACGGCACCAUCGAGUUCGACGAGCUCCUCCGCGCCAUCUUGCCCGACAUGAGCAAGCAGGUGCUCAUCAAUCAGGAGCAGCUCCUGGAGGUUUUCCGUUCAUUCGACCGAGACGGAAACGGUUACAUCACCGCCGCCGAGCUCGCCGGCUCCAUGGCCAGAAUGGGUCACCCUUUGACCUACCACGAGCUCUCCCAGAUGAUGCGCGAGGCCGACACCAAUGGGGACGGCGUCAUUAGCUUUAACGAGUUCUCGACCAUAAUGGCCAACUCCGCCUCCGAUUUUCUUGGCCUGAAGGUCGCACAGCCACCUUGGCCGGAGAGAUCAUAG